UAGAUUUUUCAAAAUUUCAGAAUGUUCCGGAUUAGCUGCUCCACUUUGGCCUGGACAAUGCGACCAAGCAAGUCCCUAUCCGCGAAUCCCUACUUUGUUUUCCUUGAUCACUUCCGGAUUAAUCUUCAAAAGCGGGACAUUUACCAACUGAAACCGAUUUCUUUGGCCAAAAUAGCCGGCAGAAAAUGGCGAGAAAUGACUGUCGCCCAGAAAUCUGUUUUUGUGCAGAUAGCCGAGAUAAAUCGAGCCAGAAUUAAGGGCCGUGGACGCCCCAGUGUUCCAGUUGGAGGAGUAAGGCGCUGUCGAAUUAAAAGAGUUCAUAGGGAUUGUUCGUUUUAGUGGCAUGUGGCAAGUUUU